UCAGAAUUUCCUUUGACAGUAGCUUUCGAGAAACAAGAUGGCUGAGUAUAACUAAAACACAAUCAAUCUUACUAGUGAAAAGAAUGGAACAUAAUUGCGUAAAAUCUUUCAAAUUUGCGAAAAAUUUCAAGUUUUACAACUCAGAAUUGUGGUUGCCGAACAAAUUGAUGUGUCAGUGCGGUGGUAAUUAUAGAAUUGUUGGUUUGAAGGACUCUCAUCGCUUACGCCAGCUUUGCGCGAGAAAAAUUACCCCCUGGAAGAAGAACAAUAGUAGGAAAAUCAAGUUUACUCUGUUCGAUGACGAAGGUCGCUCCAAUAAUGAUGAUUGUUAUGAUGACGACAAUGAUUUCAUUCUAACGAAAUGUCGAAUCGCUUGCAAGAACUUUUGAUGCGAACGCUGUUGAAGCCCCUUAAUAAAUAGUAGAUUGAUGUAAAUUUCACAUAGAUAGUGGCAUCAUUAAGUGUAUAUAGAAUCUAAUCGCGUAAAAGCUGGAACUCCAGCAUGCUUUCCAAUUGGAACACGAACAGGCUGAGGACGGCAGGUAUGGAGUCAAUUCUUGAGAAGGAUUACCCUCAGAGUGAUCUGCUUCUGUCCAAGGACAAAGAAGUUUCCUCGAGUCAAAGUUUCAACUCCACAGUCCUCAGAGGAAUGUUUGGAACAGCACUUCAAAAAUUGUCUGCAGCGCUGGCCAGUAUAUUCAUACCUCCUGAAACACAAACCAAAUCAAUGGAGAAUAAAAAAUCGUUUACUGUCCCCGAUAUAUCCGUCGAUAUUAACAUUAAUACCCCGAUCUUCGAAGCUGUGCAAGGGAAAGCAAAACUUACGAUUCCUGAAGAUGUUGUAGAUUGUGAUGAACCCAUCUCCUUACCAUUUGAAGACUGUUUUUUCGUUCCACCUGUCGAUCACAAUCCGGAUAAAAGUAUGCAUUGCAGUAAACGGUAUAAUACGGCGCGUCCAGGAAGGAUACACAAUAAUGUGGCUCAGGACAAAAGUUUUGCCAAUAUGGACAAAAACAACUGCAAUCUAACGAAGAAAGUAUCAAACUGGACACCACUUCACCUGUAUAAUAAGACAAAAGCAUGUAACAAAAAUCGUAAAGUAAAAAAUCGACAAACCCUGCAGACAAAUAUAACGGAAGACCUGUGGCAAAUCGCAGACGAUUAUGAAUCAGGUUCCGAUUGCGAAAAUUACAGUACGCCAAGUCUAGGCUGUUCGGUUUCGUUUUCAUCUUCGAGUGUGAGAAGUUCCAUCGACCUAUCUGAAUCGUCCUUCCCUUCCAUUAGCUCGUCAUUUCCGAUGGCUCCCAUUUACACGGAUUUACCCAGACGUUCCUCGCAAUCCUGCAAUAGUGAAGACAGCUUCGUUAUGGUAUUCGAUAUGACAACUCCAUUGUCCAGAAUUGAUAUCUGUUCUGCAAGCGCCAUAAAUCCUCCAGUGCUAGCUAACCGGCAGCGGUGUCGUCAGAUAUCCGAAUGCAGCGACGACGGUAUCGUGUUCUGUUACGAGGAUGAAGAGAACGAUAUUGUGCCACAGACUGAAUUCGAUUUUGACGAUGAAGACGAUUCUGAAGAAGAUGAAACAGAUAGCAGCUGUGCGGAGGAUAGUGAAGCCACCGUGUCCCAUCAACCAGAUUCUGGAUUUGAGGAAAAAAAGGUGCAAUUCAAUCUGAAACCAGAAGUGCACGUGAUGAGAACCUGGGAUUUCGCAUACCGCCAGGCGAGGAAGGGCGAAUGGGAAAUAGCUGCCAGGGAUCGAGAGCGUUUCAAAAAUAGAAUCCAUGAAACAGGAAAAGUGCUCAGCACUGUGUUCGAUAAAAAUUUGCGUGAUAAAGUUUAUAAGGAAAGAUUUAGCGGCUAAUGUAAAUAUAGGCGAUGUGUAUUUCUAUUUCUUCGAAACAUAUGGGAUCCUUGUAAAUUUCUAUUGGUAAAAUGCUAUGCAAAUUUUCUGGCUCCUGGCAUCCGAUGACUAUUAGCAGAGUAAUGUAAAAAUAUUAAGCUACAGACAGUGGUUGAACUACAUUCUCCCUUAUUAGAUAUGGUCUUGAGCUCAAUGUAAAUGUUGGCUACUGUGAUUGAUUAUUUUCCAGAUAAUUAGUUAAUCUUAUCUCUUUUAUUCGAUGGUCACCCUCAUAUCGACUAAAAGAAUAUUUAUUGUAUUAAGAAACAGAAAAAAAUAAAUGAAAAAUAAACAUCCAGGUACUAAUAAUAUUGUUUAUGUUGUUUUUAAAUU